AUGGAGUUUGAUAUGGAUCAUGACGUACUGAAACAAUGGAAUAGCUGUCCUGCUCAUUUGAAUUUGCCAGUGGUACCACCUGGGAAGAUUCGCAAGAUACAUAUAUAUGACUUUGAUAACACACUUUAUAAUUCGCCUCAUCCUAAUAGACAAUUAUUUAGUAAAACAUUUAUUAAAGAUGUUUUAUUGAAACAAGAUCUCUUACCAUCUGGCAACUGGUGGUCAGAUGAAAAAUAUUUGAGAGUAUCUUUUGAAGAAAGUAAGAAGCCCAGCGAUCAUGGUGAAAUAAGAAGUUUUUGGAAUGAUAAAGUUAUAAAACUAGCGAAACAAUCAUGCGCAGCUGAAGAUACAAUAACUCUGGUAUUAACUGGCCGAAAAGAAGAAGCCUUUAGUUCAUUAAUUGAAGAAAUGUUAUCAUCAAAAUUUCUUGACUCAAAAUUCAAUGCUGUAUGUCUAAAGAAGAAGUUCUCGCCAUAUUCAAACAAUACCAAUAAAUCAGAUCAUACAACUUGGUCCACAAGUAAUUUUAAAUUAGAAAUAUUUAAUGACUUCAUGAACUAUUACCAAGAUUCAUUACAGGAAAUAACAGUAUAUGAAGAUAGAGGCUCUCAUGUCAGAAUAUUUGAACAUUUUUUUUCACAAACCCACCUGUAUCCUUUGCAUUUAAAUAAAAGAACAUUUAAUUGGUAUGUUAUUCCAGUCCCUCCAACGAUCACUUAUUUACCACCAGCAUUAGAACUUCAAAAGGUUAAAGAAUCUAUUGAGAAAUACAACUUAGAUAAUCUCAACACACCGAUCAAAAUAAAAUGGUCACCAUUACAAACGGGAUUUUUCCUUACAACAACUUCUCAAAAAAAGUUAGUAUCGUGGACGACAAGUCAUUUCCAUUAUAAACAACCAAAAAUGUGGGUAUAUAAUAUUUACGACUAUCCUGCAUAUAUACCAUGCGUAGAAAGAGGUUCCCAGAUUGAAAAGAAGGAAAUAGUUAAAUUAUGGACAAAUAAUAAUAGAAAGGCAUUAUCAGAUAGCGCUGCCAUCGACAUGAUAUCUGAAAAAUUCUAUGCAAGAUUGUUUUCUGCUUCAGAUUCGAGGAAGUUAAUUUUAGAAUUUAAAAUAACUGAAGUUGGUGUAGUAAAAUUAAAAGAUCCACAAGUAAAGGCAUUCGGAAAUAUCAGAAUAGCAAAAAACUCGAUAUUUGUUAUAUACAAGUUAGAGCCACAAAGCAAGAGUAAGUAUACAUACACAAAAUUCCCAUACCUUACAAUAAUAGGCUCGUCAUCAAAGUAUGCAAGCUUUGAAGAAGAAAUGUUAUAUGAUCUUAUUUUUGAUACACCCGAAGCUAAUAUAGUAUGGAGUAAGGUACCUCAGCCAGUACGAAUAACCACAUAUUUUGGUCAAUAUUCAAAGGUGAUCACAUAA